AUGUCAGAGGGACCCGUCGAAAUUGACGGAGGCCAUGUGCCAGCACUGAACUUUCAUCAACGUUUUCGACAAGAAAUUAGUACUUUACGGGAAAGUAUCGAUACUUUGGCAAUACCUGACCUCACUGCUUCCGAACGUCAAGCAAGCAACGACCAAGUACUAGCGGGUUUGGCAAAGCUCUCUGCUGAGCUUGCUGACGCUUCUGGAAAUCUUCCGUCAUACGACCAGAGAAGUUACAACCAAGCACUAAAAGAGCUAUAUGACAAGCUUGCAAUCACUCGAGCUAGCCAAACCCCCAAGCCCAAGUUCUCGUUCAAGAACAAACGUCUGGCUGCCCCAGUCUCGGAAACCAACUCAGACAGUCCUAUGCCUGCGCUACCGUCACCUGCUAGUCACUCUGAAUACGGUCGCAAUCCUGGCCGGAAUGUGUUGGAGCAACGAGUAUCAGCUGACACAAGCAUGAUUCAAGAUCGUGACCACUUCGCAGUCGUGGGCAGGUCAAACACAUACGUUGGAAUUGCAACGAUCACGGCGCCCGGCAUAAUCGACGCUGCUGGUGGAGCGCAAGGUUGUAUAGUGUCGGAUACAGCUGACUCGAUAGUCGAUCUUAGUCCACAUUCCAAUAUCAACCCACCACCAUUCCUGACAAUAACUAGUGUCCAAUCUUCCCUCCUACUCGCGCCGUCCAUCAAAGGGCCAGCACACAUCACGGCCUUGCACAGAAGCAUACUUGUCCUUUCGAGUCACCAAUUUCGUAUGCAUGAUUCACACGAAGUUGACGUAUACCUGUUCUGCUCAAGUCGGCCCAUCAUUGAAAAUUGUUCCAACAUAAGAUUCGCAAGCAUGCCAUCGAGAUUCAUUGAUACGACUGAUCUGAGGAAUAGAACGAAUAUGUUCGACCAAGUGGACGACUUCAAGUGGUUGCGAGCUGAACCUAGUCCAAAUUGGAGUCUGAUGGACGAUGAAGAACAGAUCAGUGACGGAGUUUGGUCAGACGUAUUACAGAUAGUGCACAGACUCCACGACGAUACUCCCGAGGCUGGCAAGGUCCUUGUCAAGGAAGCUGUAGGGGGUGUCCUGUCCAAGCUGGGGAAGAGCAGUCGUGCGACUAGCUAG